AUGCACCGCGGCAAUUUGAGUAUCCUUAUCCACCCCUUGACGAGGGAAGAGCGAAAGGACCACGAAGGCCGAGCAGCCUGGCUCGGGACGCCAUAUCCUCUUGAUACUUCGACAUUGCCAGUCCGCACUCGGGAUAUUCCCCUGCAGUAUGCCAGCCUUAAGCUUGGAUACUCCGCCCACCCUUCCUUGACCAUAGACCAGCGCUUGAAGCUAGGCACCAACGUCGAACGCCUCCUCGCAGAUGAGAAAGAGGCUGCCAAGGCCCCUCCUAAAAUUUAA